UCCUCUCCAGUUAUCACGCGUGAUCCAAGAUGGUGGAUAGGAAACUGUUUUCAUUACUGAAUAUGUAAACAUUAAAUGUGUAACAAGUUAUUGCAUUGAAUUAAAAAGAUACUGCUUAAUUAUCAAAGUGCCCAUAAAUGGGGGCUAAAGAUUCGAAGUUGUCUGUAAUAUCAUAUGAAGAUGCGUCAAAAAGAGUGUCAGAGCCGGAACAUGCACGGCUUCGAGAGGCCUUUGGUAGAGUUACCUCAGGCCAUGGUAACUCUAUGUCUGAUGCUGCCUUUGUAAGAGAAGUAUUAUGGGAUGGAGUGCCCAGCUCUAUUGCCCAGUUAAUCUACAGAGGCUAUGGCGGCACAUCCAAAGGCUUAGGAUUCAAGGACCUGCUCUGUGGUCUUGUCAUCCUGACUAAAGGCACUAAAGAGGAGAAGAUGAAAUUAAUAUUUGCCAUGUACUGCGAUGAGUCCUGCAGUUAUGUGCAAAAAGAUGAAAUGGACAGACGUGUGCUAGAAACAGAAGGCCAGGUCUCCUCUGCCCUGUGUAGUCUCUUCAAAGAGUCUGACCAGGUUUCGUAUGAGCAGUUCUCUGCGUGGCUGAAGCAGCACCCUGAUGCGACUAUCAUUAGCAAGUGGCUUCUGAUGGAGUCCUCCAGUCUGUCUCUUUCUGGAGACCAUGACACGCCAACCUUUUACCAAACCUUAGCAGGAGUCACUCACUUGGAAGAAAGAGAAAUCUUGGAACUUGAGAAACGCUAUUGGUUUUUGAAAGGAUUAUCUAAGACAGGUCGAUUCGACCUAGACCUAUUCAAAACUCAAGUUUGUCCUCCUAUGCCAGAGAAACUUUGUGAAUCAUUAUUUACAGCAUUUGAUGAAAAUUGUGACAACCAUAUAGACUUUAAGGAAAUGGCUUGUGGGAUAUCUGCUUGUUGCCGUGGUCCUUCACUAGAGAGACAGAAAUUUUGUUUCAAAGUGUUUGAUGCUGACCAUGACCUGCGGCUCAGCGAACAGGAAGUGGUAGCCAUGCUUGAGAAUUUAAAUGUCGUGAGGAGGGUGUACAACUCUGACGCAACAUUGAAUCUGCAAGACUUGCCCGUGAUAGAUCCUCAUAUAGUAGCCAGAGAAAUUCUAUCAUGUCAUGACCUCAACAAAGAAGGAUCACUGACAUUGGAAGAUUACCUUUUGUGGACAGUGAACAACCAACUGACCACAGAUUUUUUAGAACUUCUUAGUCAGAUCUGUCACAUUGUUCUUGGGUUAUUUCCAAAAACUAAAGAAGAAGAAGGAAGAAUUAUCCAGCAUUGGCUGGAAAGGGAAAGUCGCAAGUCCCUUGAAAUAGGUCAAGUCUGGUAUUUGGUCAGUAUGCAAUGGUGGACCAUGUGGCUGGAUUAUGUCUGUGUGGAGCAGACGGACACACUAACACGCCCACACAAGGUGCUCAAGAGCAAACACACGAGUGUGCCCUUGUCUUGGGAAGAGGAGUCUGUGAUUAUGGUCGGGUCGUCUCGUCCUGGCCCUGACACUAGCAGUCAGACUUACAGGUCCAACGCGUCCACUUUAGUACCGCCAGAUGGUACCCCUAGCCACAGGCCAGUGGGAUACUCACCAAAGACUUCAAGGAAGCUGGGCCACGCAGGCACGGGCAAACCUCCAGCAAUUAACAACAAUCACCUUUUAGUGAAUCCAUCAAAAUAUUUAUCAUUAACCAAUGAAGGGGGACGACUCAAGAGAGAUACAGUGUUAGCUCGUGGAAAGGAUUUUGAAAUUGUUCCAGAGUGUAUUUGGAGGGCAUUGACCACCUGGUAUGGAGGUCAGCCUGCCUUGCCGCGAACUGUUAUCAGCACUGGCAAUGGACUUGAGUUGGAGCUCUACCCUAUCUGUGUGAGAAUCAUACGCCACCAGACGCCAAAUCAAAAAGCACAGUCGUCGACUUACCUAACCAGCUUGAUGAAUGGGAUCAAUGGUGUCACUACAUCGUUCGCUAAUGGUCCGACGCUGCCCCGUCGCUUCCAUGCCCACACCGCCUCCUUUAGCCGCAAGCAUACAUUGGCCCAGAUCUACGAGUUCUUGUGCAGCAAGCUCAGGUUAUACAGAGAGGACUUUAGAUUGUGGAAAAUUCAUUCUAAAGAUGAGCAAAAUUUGACACUUCUGGAAGAUGAGGAAAAAACGGUGGAGGAUUGUGAGAUAGAAGAUAAUCAACAGAUUUUAUUAGAAGUACGAAACAAAGACUUGACCUGGCCAGAAGAGAUGUCCCAACUGGCGAAAAAUAAAACUGCCAAGAAAGAUGAUGUGCCGACACAGAAAGGUGCAACAGGGCUGAAUAAUCUCGGUAACACCUGCUUCAUGAAUGCUGCCUUGCAGUGCGUCUCAAACUCCUGGCCGCUGACCCAGUACUUCAUCAGCAACCUGCACCUCUUUGAACUCAACAGGGACAACCCUCUGGGUAUGAAGGGCCACAUAGCACAGCGCUACGGGGAGCUGAUUAAAGAUAUAUGGAGCGGCACAUCCAAAACUGUAGCCCCACUGAAGCUUAGGUGGACUAUAGGGAAGUAUGCUCCACGCUUCAAUGGCUUCCAGCAGCAUGAUUCCCAGGAGCUGCUCAGCUUCCUGCUGGACGGUCUACAUGAAGACUUGAACCGCGUCCACAACAAGCCGUACGUGGAGCUGAAGGACAGCGAUGGAAGACCUGACAGGGAAGUGGCCAGAGAGGCAUGGGAGAAUCACUUACUCAGGAACCAGUCUAUUAUUGUUGACUUAUUUCAUGGCAUUUUGAAAUCCCAGGUGAAAUGUAAAGAGUGCGGUCAUGUCAGUGUCCGAUUUGACCCCUACUCUCACCUGUCCUUACCUCUUCCCAUGGACAGUUGCAUCCAUAUAGAAGUUAUAGUACAAAAACUGGACGGGUCAGUGCCAGUGAAGUACGGUCUGCGGCUGAACAUGGAUGAGAAGUAUAAAACUUUGAAGCGUGAGGUCAGCAAUCUGUCCAACAUUCCAGUCGAGGAGCUUCUGAUUGUGGAAGUCAGUGGUCCCAUUGUCAAGUCUCUUCCACGUGACGAUCAGAAAAUCCGAAACCUGCUUGUCCCUGGCUCCUUGUUUUUAUACCAGCUCCCGCCUCCCCCGCAUAUCCAGCCAAUGACAGAAGAGGAGGAGGAGACCAACCCUUCACCUUUGAACUCUGAGCCUCAUUCGGGUAGCCACGAGAGCCUGGACCUACCAGAUAUACAGAGAAGCACAAUUAGAGGGAUUGUCGCCCACAGCAACGCCAAACAAAACGGCCAGCCUCCUCAGAUCAUCAGUGUGUCCAAGUCCCCGAGCCACUCCCGCAGCCCCAGCAAUGCCAGCAUCGCCAACUCUGGCACUCUGGAUGGGCAAAAACCUUCCAACAGAUUUGAGAACUUUGUGAUAGGAGUCCAUCGCAAGAUGAACUUGAUGGACGUUUUCUUUCUGUCGUCCCAGAAGUCACGGCCAAGUUUAUUUGGUACACCUAUUAUUAUACCCUGUACAGAGACAACCACCAACCAGGAACUGUACCAGUUUGUGUGGGUCCAGAUCUCCCGCAUGGUCAGUCCACUCCCGCCGUCAGAAUUGAAAGUAACCAAUCAUGCUCAAGACUGUGACGACAGCCUCGGCUAUGAGUAUCCAUUUCUGCUGAAAGAGGUCUUAAAGGACGGUUUCCUUUGUCACAGAUGCCCAUGGUACAGGUUUUGCCGAGGCUGUAAGGUGGAGUGCAAUAACCAGCUGUAUGGGAAAGGAAGCGCGUUCCUAGCCAUAGACUGGGAGGCCACGGCCUUACACCUGCGCUAUCAAAGUACUCAGGAAAAGUUCUCUGAAGAGCACGAAAGUGUGGCCCAGUCUAGACAGAAGCAGACGGAACCCAUCGACCUUGACACCUGUCUGCAGGCGUUCACCAAGUGGGAGGAGCUGGACGAGGAUGAGCUGUAUUACUGCUCCAAGUGUAAGAAGCAUUGCCUGGCUGCUAAAAAGUUGGACAUUUGGCGGCUGCCGCCAAUAUUGAUUAUCAAUCUAAAGAGAUUCCAAUAUCUUAAUGGACGCUGGGUCAAGUCACACAAGAUUGUCAACUUUCCACUACAAGGGUUUGACCCUGCCGCCUACCUAGCUCCGAGGGAACCUGCAGAAGACACAGCCAAAAGUGCUGUCAGCAAAGAUAUAACUGCACCUGUCAUUCCAUCCAGCACAGCCUAUACUGCUAGCUCCACCCACCAAGCCAGCACCGCCUACUCUGCUAGCUCCACCCACCAAGCCAGCACCGCCUACUCUGCUAGCUCCACCCACCAAGCCAGCACUGCCUACACUGCCAGCUCCACCCACCAAGCCAGCACCGCCUACUCCUCAAGCCCAGCCCACUCGGCUAGUGUGUCCCACCCUGUAAAUUACUCACAGACUCAAACUAUGGCAGACAAACCUUGUGAUAACCAUAUCAAAGAAAACGGUCACAGCGGAGGUGGAGACGGUAGCAGCGUACCGGUGACCAGUCGGUCCCCUCCUAGAGGUAGACCUACCACGACCAUGAGCAGCCUCGAUGCAGUCAACUGUAGCUUAUCCAAGUCCAUCUCUGGACAGGUGACGGCACUGACCACGUCCAACUAUUACAGGGAGAAUGGUCCUGAGGAUAAUGUUAUAACCCCGCGGUCAGUAGGACAGUCAGCAGCCAAGAUGGCCAACGGCUCAGCUAAAUCUGUUAUUGGUUCACGUGCAAUAGAAGAAAGACUUGAGGAGUUUGAUAAAGAAGAUUAUACAAAUGUCCGCUAUCAGCUGUAUGCCAUGUCGUGUCACACUGGCAUAUUAGGAGGCGGCCAUUAUGUGGCUUAUGCUAAAAAUUCCAAUGACUGUUGGUACUGUUAUAAUGACAGCAGUUGUAAGGAAGUUCCUGAGCAUCAACUGGACAAGAACUCUGCCUACAUUCUUUUCUAUGAAAGGGAGGGGGUGGACUUUAGCCACUUCAUGCCGGACACAACUGGACGUGAGCCAGACAUGUCAGAGAUUGAUGACGAGUUCGAGAAUGACUUUAAGAAGAUGUGUCUACUGCAGUAAAACUUUAGAUCAACUCCUGACUGCCUAUUUAUUCUAGGAUUCAAAAUGUAUAUAUAUGGACUUUGAUCAUGUGACCAGAGAUUACAUGAUGUUAUUUAUAGCAUAACAGGAUUACUUCCUGGAAAGUCAUGUGAUGUGUUUUUUUAAACAGGAAGACUUGGGACAUUGAACUGACACCAAAAGUUGUGAUUAUUUUAUUUCUAUUUUGUCUUAAAGAUGUGAUUUUGUUUCAAAUAUUGUCCAAGAAAAAAAAGGUUUUGUUACUAUAAAAUGUCUAGGAUCAUCUCCCUUUACCUUGUUGAUAUCUGCUCAGUUCUGUAAUAAGGAUUUAAGUUUCCUUGUAUAUAAUCAUUUGGAUCACAACAUUCCGACUACUGUCACAUGUUGGUGAAGGCCACCAAUGUUAACACAGAAAGAUAUUGUGCAACAGUGACCAGUAGUGGACAAGAAUAGACUGACCAGUAGUGGACAAAGAAUAGACUGACCAGUAGUGGACAAAGAUUGACAUUGUUUGGUUUUUGUUCUUAAAACUGCCUGUGUGGACAAACACAAAAUCGUUGAGCCAUUGUUUAAGUUUGUUCAGUCUAACAUAUGGUAUCAUUUUAAAAUCAAACUUUACUCUGAAUUCUGUUGUUGUUUUUUUUUAACGUUUUAUUUUUUGUUGCUAACACUGCAAUUUAGAAACACAUACAAUAUAUCCAAUAUACACAUAGCUAGCUGUUGUGUAAUAAACUAUAUUCCCAUGCAGUGUUAAACAUUCAAUUGUUUGUUAUGAAUAUAAUGGACACCCUUUAGUGCACUAUGUUAACAUAGUAACAAAUGUUUAAAUUUUGUGACAGGAAUGAACGGCUUUCAAAAGAAUUUAGUUUUAGUAUGGAGUCAUGCUGGCAUCUAGUGUGGGUUUUGAUAGAAGAAGAAGAAUGUUUGAGGAACUGGUUUAGUUUGUACUGGCUCACAAGUUGAGUCAUUGGUUUAGUUUGUACUGGCUCGCAAGUUGAGGAAUUGGUUUAGUUUGUACUGGCUCGCAAGUUGAGUCAUUGGUUUAGUUUGUACUGGCUCGCAAGUUGAGGAAUUGGUUUAGUUUGUACUGGCUCACAAGUUGAGUCAUUGGUUUAGUUUGUACUGGCUCGCAAGUUGAAUGACUCAGUCAGAAAGGCUUCAUUUCAACAGGUGUUUAUUAUCGUCUCAAUUUGAUAUAUAUAUAUAUAUAUAUUCUCUACCGACUGUGUCAAAUGAAGUUUGUCUUCUAUCAUAUAAUGUUGUGGAUGAAGUCAGUGAGCUAUGAACUUUGACCUCGGAAUGGACAAUGUCCGUUUCAAGAAUUAUCUCCCUUACCUCUGACAUAAUGUGCGUGUGUGUAUUUUUUUUCCCUUACCCACCCCUGCCUACUGUAUGAUUUUUUUUUUAUGGUGAAGAUGGUGUCAAGUUGACCCGAGUAGAAGUUAGUGAAAUGAAAUGAAUGGAUCUCCGCAAAAUGUAUUUUUGAGAGACUAUUAGAAGGCCGAGGCAGUCCUAUCACUUGACUUUGUUAGUUCUGUCUUCACCAGAGUUUUGUAACAAAUAGAUUGAGAUUGUAACACUAUUACAUUUAAUUAAAAGUUUUUUGUUUUUAAUUCAGGUCAUUAAAAUGUCAAGAGGUACUUUCUGAGGUUUCACUGACUCUCUAUGUUACUUCUCUCUUGGCAUUUUACACCUUAAGGGACAAUCUUUUCCUUUUGCAACUUCUUGUGUGACUAAAGAGGCCAAUCUUUGAUACACAGCUGCGGUCACAGGUUGGACAUCUGUAAUCACCAGGCACCGUUGUAUUUUCACUUUUCUUUCUACUACUGUUGUUUUUGGCAUCUGCAACCCUUCCUUUAAGCUCGCUGUCCAUGUGGAUCUAUCCAGUGCUACUUUUUAUAAUAUUGUAUCGAAGUUACACUUUACACUUAGGUAGCAGGAGCUGUAACCUUCCAAUGUAGCAUUGAAAUGACCUUAUUCUUGACACUUUCUAUAGACAUCCAACACAGGUGUGUACCUGCAGACAUCCCACUCAGGUUAGUGCCUGCAGACAUGCAACACAGGUGUGUACCUGCAGACAUCCCACUCAGGUUUGUGCCUGCAGACAUGCAACACAGGUGUGUACCUGCAGACAUGCAACACAAGUGUGUGCCUGCAGGCAUCCCACACAGGUGUGUACCUGCAGACAUCCCACACAGGUUUGUGCCUGCAGGUAUCCCACACAGGUGUGUACCUGCAGACAUCCCACUCAGGUGUGUGCCUGCAGGCAUCCCACACAGGUGUGUGCCUGCAGACAUUUCUACUCAGCUUUGUUCACUGGUGCUCAUGCUAGAAAGUUUGUGCUUAUGUUUAAUUUGGAGAACACACCCUCUGUUCAUGUUGUGUUCUGCUAUUGAGAGUUUUGUUUGUUUUUUUUUAGUUGAUUUUUUAAAAACUUCUUUGUGCACAUCUUUCAUCCUUAUAACAGAGUCGGUGCACUUCAGUCCAAUCUCUUAUGAACCAGUAGCGGGAGGGGGGAGAGAAGGUUUCCCUGGCUGGCAUUCAGCAAACACAUCUGUUUGAGUUGAGGUUUGGACUGACAUUCUCUUGAUAGAAAUCUAAGUGGUUCGUGCUUCUGUCACACAUCCCUUGGUAACGUGGUUUCAUUUAAUGGACCUCAUUCACCAAUCGUAAACAAACAACAUUUAGUCACGUGAUCUUAUUGAUAAAACAAUGGAAAAAAACUGUCACGUACAUCAUGAAUUAAACAUGAGAUCGUAAAUUAUAUAGAAGAGAUAUAGCACCUCGUGGCUAAAGAGAUCGUAAAUUAUAUAGAAGAGAUAGAGCACCACGUGGCUAAAUGUUGUUUGUUUACGGUUGGUGAAUGAGGUCCCUUUAGGUCAAGGCUGGACAAAUUUUAGGCCUUUAGCAGUAGGGACAACAUUUGGUUUACAAUAUAAAAAAAAAAAUGUAGACUUUAAUUUAUCACUUUAGCCAAUGAUAAUAGACUGAAAGUGGAUGCUUCAACCAAUGGUAGUAAACUUUAAUUUAUCACUUCAGCCAAUGACAAUAGAAAGUGAAUGCUUCAACCAAUGGUAGUAAACUUUACUUUAUUAUUUCAGCCAAUGGUGUGGCUAAUUUUGUUUGGUGGGCCAGGUAAUUAAAUAAAGUAUUUGGGUCACAUGAUGCUAAUGUAAACUUUGCUAUCAGGCAAUGUUGUCUGUAAGAUAUGGAAAAAAAGUAUUACCAAUGAAUGUGAUACCUACAAGUUCAUCUGAUGUUCAGUGCUACAAGAAAACAUUUUGUUCAGAUUGUUGAAUGAGUUUUUGAAGCAGGCUUGGUUGUGCUUGUGAUUAUCUGUUUUUUUUUGUUUUUUUAAUGAAAGUCUUUUUGCAACAUUGAACUUGAGCAUUAUGUUUUGUUUCGAUACUUUUUACUGACAUGAUUUUUUAAAAUUUAUAUUUGUAAUUACAAUGUCUUGUAUUGGAGCAGAUUUGAAAGGUUUUAAAAAGAGGCAAAGGUUUGAAUGUAUUUGGUUUGCCAACGGAAUGGUCUCCCUUUCGCUUGUUGACCACUUUCAUAAUUAACGGGUUUUCAUUGGUGAAAAAAUGUUUUGUAAUGAGGUUGUUGUAUGUGCAUAAAUUUGUAAACUAGGUGUGCACUUAAUUAAGUUGUAGAUGCAGCUUUGCUAGUUUCAAUGUGAAGGCGAUAGAAAUGUCUGAAUGCAGCUAAGCAAAAACAACUUAAAACUGAUUUAGUUAAGCAAGGGGAAGUAAUCUGUUUUGUUGAACUUUACAUCUUAUAUAUAAACAGAUUUCAUAUGUGCUUAUACGGACCUGAGGUUUUAAAAUUCCCUUGACAGUCUUUGAAAGCUGCAGUGUAGGCCAUGUGCUGCUUGGAAUGGCUGUUCUCUCUUCAUGAAAUGCUGUUUUGAGCAGUCAAAACUUGAUCAGUGAUUAAACAAUGUACAUCUAUAUGGGUCAGUGUGCAAAAAUCUUUAUUCCAUUAUCCUUUGCCCUAACUUACCACAUCUCAAUCAAAUUCAAACGUCAAUCAACUCAAGAUGGCUGUGUGUUUACAAUCUAUCUUUCAGACACCUCGCCUCUAACCAUCACAACAGUCAACCUGCUCUGUGAAAGUUUGUUUCAUGGGAGAAAACUCUCAGAGAAAAUAAAUUACCUGAAUCAGUAACAAAGAGUUAUGUAGCUUUGUUGUGUAUAUACGACACUGAAAUGUUUCAUGAUCAAACUACUGAAGUAGUCUCAGAACUGAAAUGUGAUAACUUAUAGAAUGAAGAUAGAGAUUAGUUAAAAAAAAAAAAACUUUCUAAGCAGACGGAGGUUAAAAAUGUUUGAAUUAUUGAAUAAUGUUUAGCAUAAUUACAUGCAUAUAUAUUUAUACCUUUUCAGGUAAUUAGAAAAUUAAAAAAACAACUAAUUGGAUACUUUCUUUUCCAUUGCCUAGUGUCCCCCCCCCCCCCCCCCACACACACCUAUAAUGUAAAAAUGCAUUUGUAAAGACUUUAUCUUAGACUUUUAUUUACAAAGAGAAAAGAACAUUUAGUGACACUAUGAUGGAAAAUGCUGACUCAGUAAAAAUUUCUUUUGUUUUAACUAGACUCAUCCAGCGUGGUCUCUUACCUUGAUCUCUCUCGCAGUCUUGCCCUUGAAAAUAAACUUUUUUUUUCAGGUUGUAUAUUAUGGUGUAGCUUUUUUUUUUGAGAAGGGGGGUGGCUGAGUGGUUAAGUGCUUGACUUCCGAACCUUGGGUCCUGGGUUCAAAUCUCAGUUUAGACUUAGAUUUUAAAUUUCUGGAUUUUUAGGGCGUCUCUGAGUCCACCCAACUCUAAUGAGCACCUGACUUUAGUGGAUGGAAAGUAAAGGCAGUUGGCCAUUGUGCUGGCCGUAUAACACCCUGCCAAACAAACUUCAACUGCCCAAUAGAUCGCAAGGUCUGAAAGGGGAACUUUUAUUUUUGUUAUUUCAAACAAGAGCAUUGUUUGUUUGUCCCAGGAGCGCCCAAGUCUCAGGUCAUAACCUUCAAGAAGUAAGGUGAAAAACUCCCCCAUAGCUCUUUUGUUCUACAGCGGAGUCCUGAUAGUCCAAACUAAUUGGCACCGCAUCCAUUUCAGAUUGACAAUUAUUUCGAAUUAAGCAAAAUUAUGACUAAAAUAAACAUAAUUAUGACAUACAAUGUGUAAUGACUUAAACUGGUCCAGGAUCUAGUGAUAAACAGAGUUAUCUUAUUUCCUGUCCCGGACACCACGUCUGUGUGUGAAGUGCGUGAGAGUCAAAGUAGCUUUCUAUAAACUGUAUCAGAGUUUAAAACACCAGUAUCAUGCUGUUGCAGCCACGUAAUUUAUCGCACAUCACCAAAUAAUAUUAACAAACCGAAUAUAACAUUGUUCUAUUAUAAUGUCUAUCUAUGAAACAUACAUCUAUUUUUUAGUACAUAAUAGACUUAGUCACUGUUGUUACUUAAUUGUUUUUACUCCUAAAAAUAUCCUCAUUUCAGUUUCUGAUCGAGCAGACUUUUAGAUUACUGUGAAGUUUGAAUUUUUCAGACUCUGUAUUUUAUUUACUCAUUUAACAAAAUUUUUUUGCAAAUCAUGUCUCUUUUGCUCAAUUUCACCAGUUUUGGUUUCGUCAAAAUAAUCUGCCAUGUAAUGUAUACUGUUGUUGGGCUUGAAAGAGUAUCUUCGAUGUUUGAGAUGAUGUCUGUGUUUGUGUAUAUAUGAUAUUAUAGCGCUGACUUUAGAUUAGACAAUAUAAAAACUUGACACUAUAAUCUAUUAUCUAUAAUCAAUUAGCAUGAAUGUACAUACAUAGGUAUCUAUUAUAUGAAAGGCCAUGAGCCAUUACAUAUGUUCAUAUCUGUAUAGAUAAGUAUAUAAUAAAUAUAAAUAUGUCUGUGUAUAUUCAUCUCUGUUUAUAUAAUCCUCAAGAUGUAAACACAAUUUCAAAAUAUUGGAUACAACUGUUUAAAAUACUUUUCAUUUUUUUUUCUAUGUAGAAGCUUCAUUUAACUAUCUCUGCAUUAUUGAACAUGUUCUGUCAAAUUGUUGAUCAUGUUUUUGUGUUCUAUUUGCUUUUCAUAAUGACCUCCUUUUUAAAAAAAAUAACUGUUUGCAUAUAUCAACACUGUGCUUAAUUAAAACUUCCUACCCCAGCCAAGGGAAGCUACUCUUUCUGACAUCUGCUGUGCUUGUAAUCCUAAAGUACUGUAAUCAAGUCAAUUUUGUCAAGAUUGAAAGUAAACUUUGUAAUAUAAUCUGUGUUGCAAACCAGUUUUAUAGCAAAACAUUUUCUUAUGUUCUAAUUUGACAAUUAAAUUGAAGUGCCUAGGAGAUUAUUUAUUUUAUUUUUUUCUGUUUCAAGUCUCCCAUCUCUUAUCUGCUGUUGUGCUCAUUCACCCAAGUCUUAGGUUUAUUCUCACUUAAAUCUCGGUUUAUUCUCACUUAAAUCUCGGUUUAUUGGCUAGUCCACCUAAAAAGACUAGCUUGUUUAUGCCCUCCAUGUCUAAGUAUUCUAAAUACAAUCUGUCACUGUAAACUUGGCGAGUCUUUUUACAGUUAAGGCAAUGUCUUUGAUUCUGACAAGUAAGGAUGAGUGCAGUGUUUCUACUGAUUAGUUAAGCGAUACUUUUGUUUUUAUGAUGCGUAACAUCCCUCCAUCUUUGUGUGUACAUUCCAUGGCCAAACAUCAAUCCCAUACUAUGAUACAUCUUUAUCUUUGCAUUGUGGCUGCAGUUGACUAGUGACAGCAGCUACCCAGUGUUUGUCUUGGCUCUAGAAUGCGCGCUAGGAAAGUUCAUAGUUUCAUAUGUGACAUACCAAAUUUUCAAUGAUUGCCAUUUCAGUAUCAGGUAAGGCUUUACAUGGAGUCGCAAGCCCCAUGCCCAGCCCUUAACCUCACUCAGUGAUGAGAUAAUCCAACUUGUCAAGCCAGCCUACUCCUGAUGACAAAAUUGGACCAAGUUGUCUUCUUGCCACUCAAAUUUUAAACUUGAAUAUUUUCCUGUGCUGACUAGAAGGCUGCACUCUUUCCUUGAUGUUGCAUUUAGAAACCUAGAUUUUCAUUUUAAACCAAGCUGAUGUAUCACUGUAAGAUGUCUGAGAUCAUUGGAGAACAUGCCAGGUAAACAGUCAGUCUCCCAUCCACUCUGUCUCCAUCCUCAGUCCAUUAUGACCUACUAAGCUGUUUUCAUAUGUAUGACUCCGAGCUAAAUCUAAUAUUUUCCUGUUCAAUGGCAUGUGUACAAUAGUUUAUCAACAGAAGAUAGUUUUGUUUUUUUUUAAAGUUGUUUUUUUUUUAAAUUGUAUUCAGAUUUUUUUUAAAUUUGAUUUUCAGUUUUUCCUUUUUUUUAAAUCUGUAACUAAAGAGAGAUGUGUCAACUGUAAAUAAAACGUAUCUUGUCACACACACACUAGAUGUGUGGACAGAUCUCUGUGAUGUCAUUGAUAAUGUGAAGAUAUCCAUGCUGAGAAUUAUCUGAACGAUUUGUUUUGGUUCAUUUGUGGUGUGCACUUGACUAUAUAAAUAAAUGCUAUUUCAUUGCUG